AUCAUUCAUGAUCACAUGUAAAUAGUAACAGGACCACGACUCACUUCCCUAGCUUCCGAUAUCAUAAUUAUAUUUUCAAGGCGUGAAAUAUAAUAUCAUAUCAUUGAACAUACUAGACUGGUGAUCAUGUAAAGGUGACACGCUACAAAUCCAUCCUUUUUGGCCGUGUGAAGUCAGUCAACAUAGCUAUACUCUGGAUAUUACGCAUAUUUGACGAGCAAAUACUAGCAAUGGGCAUCUGGCUAAAGUUACGGGCCUUCUUUACUGGAACCUUGGCGAUACUGUGUGAUGUAGUGCAAUUCUGGGAAGAAAAAUGGGUUUCUUGGUGGAGAUCCAGAUCCCCUCGUGAGCAGAUAUCGUAUCAUCUGGCCAACGCGAGAACAUUUGAGGACUGGGAAGAAGGUGCCUAUCGACUAGAUGAGUUACUGAGCACUGAUCUAUGGCGACAGAACCCAACGAGCAAAUAUUAUGAUUACCGACUUAUCUUCCAGAGACUCGAAUCCAUUCUAAGUGCCAGGGAAAACGAAGAUGUCCUGACUUUGGUUAACAUCCUGCGCUCCGGUCUGGUUCGCAAUCUUGGGAACAUAACUUCUUUGAAAUUAUUCAACCGUGCUUAUGCGGGUACAAAGCUUCUAAUUGACGACUAUAUCACACAAGUCGCUUUGUCAAUUCAAUAUGUAACGUCUCUACAAACUAUACCGAUGCAUGCCAGCGGUUUUACAUCACAGGCAAAGCUGGAGUUGUUACAUGAUACUCGACAAGCAUUCGGGAGAACCUCUCUCGUCUUACAAGGUGGGUCUACUUUUGGUCUGUGUCACUUGGGCACUGUCAAAGCGUUACAUCUUCGCGGCCUUUUGCCUCGUAUAAUUACAGGGACUGCAACAGGGGCCUUGGUUGCUGCUCUUGUGGGUGUCCAUACGGAAGAUGAGCUUCUGGAUUUUCUGAACAGUGAUAAGAUUGAUCUCACUGCAUUUGUUCGGCGGAGCUCUGCUCUUUCUGCCGGCGGUGGUACAAAUGGACGAGAUACCUGGUUUCAGACAGCUACAAGACGCCUACGGCGGUACGUCAAGGAGGGGAAUUUUCUCGAUAUCCGGGUACUAGAAGAAUGUGUGCGAGCAAAUGUUGGUGACAUGACCUUUGAAGAGGCAUAUGCAAAAUCCAAGAGAAUUUUGAACAUUACUGUAGCCGCUUCUGGAAAAGGAACAUUUCCCAAUUUGCUGAAUUACCUGACAGCGCCUAAUGUGUUGAUUUGGUCUGCUGCAUUGGCUUCAAACGCAUCUUCAAGGGCGCUGUACUCUCCAGUGACUCUUUAUUGCAAGGAUGAGACGGGUACAAUUGUUCCAUGGCCCCAUACGCAAGACGUUACCUUUCGAUCAUGGCGCCAAGUCAAUCUCAGCGGGCGUGAAUCACCCUUGGCACGCCUAGCUGAGCUGUUCAACGUCAAUAAUUUCAUCGUCUCGCAGACUCGGCCCUUUGUCGCCCCAUUCCUGAACUCUGAAUCCCACCCAGGGCAGCGACUCACUGGCCAACGAAGCUUUACCAGUUCUCUCAUGCGCCUGGUGAUGCUGGAGCUUCGUCACAGGCUCAAGCAGCUUGACUACCUCGGUUUUCUACCAGGGAGCCUACGACAGCUGCUCAUCGACGAAAACAUCCCCGGGCCGAGCCUAAUCUUGAUUCCGGAUCUAACCACUAGCGAUCUAUUUCAGCUCUUCCAGAAUCCUACCAAGGCCGGGCUAGAUUAUUGGAUCCUCAAAGGAGAGAGGGGUGUGUGGCCUGCAGUCAGUGCACUCAAGGUUAGAUGCGCAAUCGAGAUCGAAUUAGACCGAUGUUAUCAGACAGUGCGAAGACGGCGAUCGAGCGACAUCAGUCAACAGAUUGGUGGGACUAGUAGUCGACAAGGCGCAAAUGAGGGAGUGCCACGAAAACGGAGAUCCACCGGCCACGAUCCGGAGUAGUCAGCUUGUACACUUGAAAAAAUAGUUGAGAAUUUAUUCUGCCUGAUAUCUUAUUGCAUCCUUAAUGGAUGGGCAGGAAUAGGAUGACGCCUGGUAGUACAUUUCACUUGUACCUUAUCUGCAAUAUGGAGAUGAAAACACCUGAAUUCGAUUUUCAGUGGGGGCAAAUUUUUUUUCCACAUGCUGGUUUCUUACACAUCCAGAUAUAUCGGAAUCUACGCGGGCAAUGAUCGUCACCAUAGUACACCAUUGUGCACUCUAUAGCUGUUCUUGUAAACCUUCCGCUAUAUAAUAGAAAACCAUCUCCUCGAUGCACACUUUCCUUAGAUCGCUACAUUGGUAGCACGUCCAAAGUUCGAUCUUAG